AUGAAGUUCUCUAGUUUCGCAAGUAUCCUCGCCGCGAGCGUUCUCGGCACCCCUGUCGCCGCCGCUCCAACAGCGGCUUCAGCAGGGUCUGCAGGGUGUGGAAAAUCCCAUUUACUCCCCGGCGUAACGAAAUACCACAGCCUUACGAGCAGCGGCCGUGGGCGAAACUACUUCAUCCACACACCGAGCAACUAUAGCGAGACAACGCCGUAUCCGGUCGUGGUCGGCUUCCACGGCUCAAGCAGUAUCGGGUUGUUCUUCGAGGUGGACACUGGGUUGAGCUCCGACACGUUCAGCGCGAAUAAAAUUAUGGUCUAUCCGAACGGUGUCGGCGGCGCCUGGGCUGGCGCAAACUACUCCGAGGCCUCGGUCGAAGAGGACUUGCAAUUUGUCUCGGAUCUGCUAGACGAUGUCCGGGGAUCAUACUGCGUCGAUGACAGCCGGAUCUACGCUACGGGCAUGUCCAUCGGCGGCGGCUUCGUCAACACCAUCGCAUGCAGCGACGUAGGGGACCAAUUCGCAGCCUUCGCGCCGGCCUCGGGAUCGUACUACACAGACAACGACGCGGCGCACGAGGACUGCAAGCCGGCGCGGAGCCCACUGCCUCUGCUCGAGGUCCACGGAGGCGCCGACGGUAGCGUGCACUACGACGGCGGAGACGGCGAGGGCGGCGAGGAGCCGAGUAUUUCAAACUGGCUAGGAUGGUGGGCGCAGCGAAACGGGUGCGACGACAGCGCGAAGCAGGUCGAGGAUAGCUUUGACGGCGACGUGCACCAUACCACCUGGAACUGCGGCAGCGAGGAGGGCGCGCUGCAGCACUGGAAAAUCGAUGAUAUGGGACACUGCUGGGCGUCGACCGAGAUCAACUUCUCGCAGGUGGCGGCGGGACAGGGACCGACGCAUAUACAGGCGUCGCAGAUAAUCAUGGAGUUCUUCGAUAAGUUUGCCAAGCCGUGA